GUGAGGGCCGGACGAAUGGCAACCUGGCGUUCAUUUCCUGUCCUGCUUUGCAGCCGAUCUGUUCUGGCUGGGAGUUUUCCUUUGCCGGGAGGCUGCUCCGUGGAGUGCCGGGAAUGAGUCAGGGCUUCUCGGUGUUUGAAGAAAGUUGCUGUCUGCUUCUGCACCGCCCCGUUUGGCCAGAGAGACACCAAAAAUGGUGUCAAAAGAGCCCUGAUGAAUCCACAGAUCAGCGCCGGUUGUAUUCACGCCGAUUAAAGUGAGGACAAGCCACUUCCCUGCCUUCGUUCUGCCCUACCCCAUUUUUGCCAAGGAGGGACAGAGCUGAGUUUGGAUCAGCCCUGCGGGUGGAAAUGGCUGCAGCCCCUGCUCUCGAGUUCUGGGCUGCGCUAGAACGGUGGCUUCUGAUGGGGAUGAUGUCCAAGAAGGAAGAGCCCCCUGCUCCCUGUAUGGAGUAAGAGCCGGAAGGCGACCAGGCGGGCACAGUUGGACAGUUUCUGAGGUGGACAGUGGAACAGAUGAAACGGGAACUGGCCGAGAGGACAUUGUCGCAGUGCUGGGAAGCUCAGUGGCAGGCAUUCUGGAAGGCCUCACAGAGGCUCAUGUUGGGCCAGGCUGAUCCGCAGCUGCCUGAGAGUAUGCUGUGGGGGGAUGGCAAAAUCAUCCCUCCCCAUUCUGGGAGAGUUGUUUCCGUUGGCCAACAGGCUACGGGAGAGCAGAGGUUCCCAUCUGGACCUCCUAGGUCAUCCCGACCGGCCUCAGCGGAGACAGGGAACUGGGGAACAUGUGGGCAAGUGAAGGAAGGCACCCCGAGCGAGGGUGCCUUCGGCUCAGAGGCCCAGUGCCAGAGUUUCCGGCGGUUCCGCUAUGAGGAAGCCGAGGGUCCCCGCGAGGCCUGCAACCGCCUCUGGUUCCUUUGCCACCAGUGGCUGAAGCCGGAGAAACGUGCCAAGGGGCAGAUCCUGGAGCUGCUGGUCCUGGAGCAGUUCCUGGCUGUUCUACCGCCGGCAAUGCAGAGCUGGGUCAGGGAUGGUGGGCCGGAGACCUGCUCCCAGGCCGUGGCCCUGGCCGAGGGUUUCCUGCUGGGGCAAAGAGAGGCAGACACGCAGGAGGGACAGGGGCCAGGGCUGGCUCAAGAGGGAACCCUGAAAUUCCUCAAUGAUGCUGGAGAAGAAGAAGAACAGCCUUCAUUUGAAUCUGGACAGAGACUCCUCAGUGGGGAGAUCAAACAGGAGAGUGAUGUCAUUUCUCUGGCAGGUGAUACGUGGGGGACUGAGAAGGAUUGGGAACCAUGCAUAGUGUGGUCAGAAGUAAGUGAGAGUGGAGACAAGGAAGAGGAAGUUGUGAAUCAAGAUGACCUCAAGGGGCAGGAGGAAAAUCAAAUGGAGAAGUGGCACCAGGAACCAAUUGCUAGCCGGUUAAGCCAGUUUGGGGCCUUCUACAAGAUCUCGGCCCAUCAGCAACUGAGGCUGGAGAAAAAGCAGAGCACUUGCAAUGUGUGUGGGAAAGGCUUCAGCCGCAAAUCAAACCUCCUUCAACAUCAGAGAAUCCACACAGGAGAGGAGCCCUAUAAAUGCCCGGACUGUGGGAAAAGGUUCCGUUGGAGCACCAGCCUCAUUGUCCAUCAGAGAAUCCACACAGGAGAAAAACCUCAUGAGUGUCUCAAGUGCGGGAAGAGCUUCAACCACAGCCAAAACUUUGCGAGGCAUCAGAGACUCCACCGAGGGAAGAAGCCAUAUAAAUGCAUCAAGUGUGGGAAAAGCUUCAGGUGGAGCUCAAAUUUGACUGUUCAUCAGAAGAUCCACAAAGGGGAGCAACCUUUUAAGUGCUCAGACUGUGGGAAAAGUUUCAGCUAUAAAUCAAGUCUCUGCAGGCACCAGAAAGUUCAUGUGGGAGAUGAAAGAUACAAAUGCCCACUCUGCAGGGCAAGCUUUGCUUUUGAAUCAAGCCUUACUAGACAUCAGAGCAUCCACUUGGGAGAAAAAACGUAUCCGUGUUUAGACUGUGGGAAAAGUUUUAGUGAUGAGGAGAACCUUAUUGCACAUCACACGGGGUCAAGCCAUGUAAAUGGCCAGAUUAUAAGACAGGAUUCUUUCUUAAACUGAAGCUUGGUAGACAAAAGAGAAUCCAGGUAGGCUUAAAAAAGUUGGUUGGUCAGUCAGAUUUAUUAAUGCACAAGGAAAAGGAAGAAAGGAAUAUUCCUAAGGCAUGAAGACAGUGUAAAUCAACCUACAGUGAUCAGUACCUACUCUAUAAGAUUUAUAAAAGACCCUAAAGAACUGUAUUUGUAUUUACUGUUACAAAAGCUAGAUCUUAAACCAUUUCUGGAAACGCAAGAUCCACAAAUGCGAGUCGAUGUGCUGGAUUGGCUAGAUCAGCAGACUUAAACUGGGGAGACACACGCUCACAUUCUUGCUCAUCUACCAGGCUCAAGCAGUGAGUUUGGACCAGUGCCUCUUGGCAUUGCUUACUUCACAAGAUUGUUGCGAGAAGAGAGGGCAGGAUAAAAAUGUAAUAAAAAUAUACAGGACUACAAUGCUGGAUAAUUGAACAGAUGAGGCCAGCAUCAGAGGACGCCUUUUGUUUUAACAGUGGGCAGUAGCUAUAUGCAGCAGCCUUUGC